GUUGGAUUUUGGGUCUGUAGUUCGCUUUGCUUUAUUUUUUUAUUUAUUUUUUUUAUUUUGCAAACCAACUCGUACGCGUGUUUGCCGCCCCGGUUGCGCAAAAGCGAUGGCGCGAGCGCGCGCGCGCGCGCGCACCUACGCUCGCGUAUCUAGCGCCAGCAAGACAGCAGCCAAGAAGCAGUAGGUAUUAGCCACACCGUGCGUGAAGUUGUCCGUGUGCCUCGCCCUGCGCUAGUGAUGCGACCGCGACCGCCGUGCCAAAGCACGAACCAACGGCUGCAACACCGCUGCCGAGUCCAAAACGAGCCGAGCGCCAAAGCCGCGGUGGUGACCGUGCGACCGUUCUGUGUGCUGCGCAAGUGAACGUUUUUAUUCUCUCGCCCCUGUGAAAGUGUGUCCCUGGGGAGCGUGCAGCGGAAGACUCCAGACUCCGGGACUAGGGACGCUCGUUAAAAGCGCCCAAGUGCCCUCUAAAGGCUGCGUAUACAGUGUGUGCAGUGUGUGUGUGUGUAUGGAACGUAACGGACACUUUUUUGGUACAACCCAGCCGGACAGGCGUCGGUCAGUCUUCGGUCGCUGGUGUGUGUGUGUGUGUGUUGGUUAGUUGUUUAGCGGUUGCGCGCGCGCGCGGGAGAGAGAGAGCGCCAUCUACCGGGCGCCGAUAAUACGCAAGGCCGCCUACUCAGCAGCAGCAGUAGCAGCUGCCAGCACAGAGAUCUUCGCACGGGAGAUCGACGAUCAAACGCAUAUCGAACGACAAACGACGACGACGACAUCCGAUACAAACGACCACAACAACAACAACAACAACCACUACAUUGGCAAGGAUCGUGCGAGUGGUUUGCUAUUCUCGUGUUCUUCUUGACACACGCAAACACAGCACACACACACAGCACACAAUCGGUUUGACGAGACGGGAAAGGAAAGGAAAGGAAAAACAAAUCGCUCCCCCGGUAAUCGGUGGGCAGAAGAUUUAUAUCAACAACAACAAAAAAAGGUGAGAGAAAAACCACCGAACCUCCCCCCCCGCCGUAAUCUGACGUAGAGACCCGUUUGUGUGUGCGUGUGUGUGCGCCUGCACGCUCCGAUCGUGGUGAGCGUGUGGUGGCGCGCACCUGGAUCGUCCCCAGCCCAGCGCACAGCCGCCCAAGGUGUGAAACGGCGGCGGCAGCAGCUGUAGUGGAGCCCCGGAGCCACCGUGACACCCAGAACCAGAACGUGGAUACCCCGCAAUUGGAUACAGCGACCAAGAGAGACAGGGAGAGCGAGAGAGAACGGAGCUGUAACUGAGUAACCACUGGGUGCGGGUGUGUGUGUGGGAGAGAGAGUGAGAGAGGGGGUGGGAAACCCGCGAGGCGAGACAAUUUAUCAUCGGCCGCGCACGCCGCCGCGUGCUGUAGUUUUCGCACCGUUCCGGCCGCCCAGGGCACAAAACGAGAGCGCGCGUACGCGAGAGAGAGAGAGACAGACAGCGAGAGAUAGAGAGAGAGCGCGCGCAUAUCGUGCAGCAUCUUCACCAGCAGUCUCGAGAACCGCCGCGCGACGCCUAAAAACGAAAAGCGCAGCAACGAGACACGCAGGAAGGUCCACCACCACUCCCCUACUCCGCGCCGCUGUCAAUUUUGCAGGGGACGAAUCAAAACCGCGCAACGCGAAUGAUUUGCAACUCGCACCAAGUGUUUGGCCGCGAAGUGCAGGAAAAUGUAAGCAGCCGCCGGGCAGCAGCAGCAGCCGGUGCCGCUACUAGACGAACGAUCGAACGAACGGAAGCAACGCACGGUGGGACCGCACCGAGCAGCAGCGUCGGCAGGAGCAGCCAGUGCAGCAGUGCCGUCGGCCGCCGGCCCGCGUACCGGUGGACGCGCCCGAAGCAGCGCAGCACCCGCAAGCGCCGGAAACGCAAGCCGCCGACCGCCGCCGAGUGAGCCAGCCAGCAGCGCAGGAAGCAACAGAACACCCUGCGCUGGUGCAAAAGUGCCGCCCAAAAAGGGAUAAUACGUCCGGCGACCGGCCGGUCGCAACAUUAACCCAGCAAAACCGUGCGCAGUGCAACGCAAACAAAAAAGCAAAAGCAAAAAAGUGCAUCCAAAAACGCCCCGAAGUGUGAGUGAGUGUGCAAAACGUCACGAAUUGUUAGUGUCGGUGCAGUGUGUGAGAAACCGGCCCGUUUGUUUCUGCUUUGAAAAGGAAAGGAAACAAAAACGCAAGCGAGGAACCCUCGCCGUGAGGAAAACCAACAAAAAAAAAGUAAUAUUAACAACCUCAAAUCAAAAAGUGUGUGAUUUGUAACACAAAAAAAAAAACGGUGAAAGUAAAGCAACAAAACCUGAAGAAAAAACACACUCACACCCAACAGUUUUGUGAAACAUCAAUCAAUCAAAUAGUGAAACGAAAUCCCUGUGCAGUAGUGCAAGUGUUUGUUUGUGCAAAGUGCAAAGUGUGCCGAAAGGAACCAGCCAAUCCUCAAUCCAACCAGCGCAGAGAGAGAGAGAGAGCGCGCGGUAGCGCUCGCCCGCGCGGAAAGGACGCUCCAACCAACCUCAGCACCCAACCCCCAUACACACAAUUUGCCAGCCAGCCAGUCACAACCGCAGCCUGCGAUGGCUAAAUUUAUCGCGACACUUUGUCUCCUGUGGCUGUCGGUGCUGGUGCUGGUCGGGUUCGCCGCCCGACCGGUAGCGGCCCGCCGCCACCCGCUGCUGAUCGAGGACGAGGGAGCGCGCCGCAACCGGCCCGCAGAGUGCCAGUUUGGCAAGACCAUACGCGAGCUGCACACGACCUGGUUCGCCGAUUUGGGCCCCCCGUUUGGCGUCAUGUACUGCAUCAUGUGCGAAUGUGUACCGUUCCAGAAGAAGCGUCGCGUCGUGGGCCGCGUCCAGUGUCGCAACAUCAAGAACGAAUGUCCGAAGCCGACCUGUGACGAUCCGAUCCUGCUGCCGGGAAGAUGCUGCAAGACCUGUCCGGGAGAUGCUCAGAGUCCUGACGUGGUGCAAGAUCUUCCCCAGGCGACGAUGCCGGAAGAGGAGGAGCGCAGCAAACACUUUGCGGCCCUGCUGACCGGGCGCACCUCCUCGCUGCUGAAGAAGGACGACAUGGGCACGAUGUACUCGACGCUGAACCCGCAGAACGUGGUCGCGACCGGCCGGUUCUCGUUCCACAAGAAGAACCUCUACUACAGCUUCUACGUGUCGGAGCGGGCGGCCCGGCCCCGCUCGAUCCAGUUCGUGCACGCGAACGGCAACAUCCUGGAGGAGCACACGCUCGCCCUGCCGUCGGACGAGGGCCGGCUGAGCGCGUACCAGAACGGCACCGGCAAGGUGUGCGGCGUGUGGAGGCGCGUGCCGCGCGAAUACCGCCGGCUGCUGCGCGACGAGCUCGUCAGCGUGGUGCUGCUGUGGGGCAGCAAACAUCAGGCCGAGCUGGCAAUUGCCGGCCCGAUCGCCAAGUAUCCGGCCCUCGCGCACGAACUGUUCAGCUCGCUGUUGGAACCGGCAGCGGCGACGACGUCCGACAUGAUGGGCGGGGCGGGCGGUACCGCCAUCGUGUCCACCAGCAGCGGUGUCACCUCCUCCAUCCACCUGACGAUCGUGCUGAACGGGCUGUUCGCGCUGGACGACGUGGCCGACGUGCCGCUGAGCGUGCGGCUCGAGUCGCUCGACAAGCGCCAGCUCAUCCUGGAGGAUGUGCAGCGCGUCCGCAAGCCGGCCCACGACAUCAACGUGCUCGAGGUGUCGUCCCCGGUGUCCGUGAGCGAUCUGCGGCUGCUGACGCGCGGCAAGCUGACGCUCACGGUCGAGUCCCGGCGCCAUCCCGAGCUGCUGCGGCUGCAGGGUCCGGUCCGUGGUCGGGUCGCUUGCGAAGUCUUCCAAACGCUGCUCAGCUCGCACGGGGCGGACGCGCGGAGCGACGCGAGCGGGCUCGCCUGGAUGUACCAGAACCGGGACGGUGCGCUUGUGUACCACGUGCAGACGCACCGGCUGCCCCACCAUCACGGGGCGGCGGCCAGUCCCGUCCUCACGCUGCUCGACGACAGUGCGAAGCGCCGGCCCGAGCUCGAGACGCUCACGCGCGCCUUCACCGGCGAGCACGCGUCCGGCCUGAUCGACCGCAUGGGGCCGCGCGUGCUCGAGCCGCUGUACGCGGGCGAGCUGGCGAUCCAGGUGGCGAACGAACAGAAUCUCACCCUGCUGCACGGCAAGUUCGUGACGCGCCAGGUGGCGGACGCGCGCGACUCGGCCGCCCCGGUGCUGCUGCGCCGCGGCGCGGACGCACCGGCCCCGCUAGCGCACGCGGUCGGGCUCGCCUGGCUCGCGGUCGACAAUGAGUGCAGCCUGCACUAUGACCUCUCGCUCGCCGGCGUCCCGGGCGCCUACCAUCCGCUGCAGCUCUACCUGGAGGAGCUGCCGCUCGAGGCACCGAACGCGCCGGUCGCCCGCCGCCUGCUGGAGGACUUUAGCGGCAACCAGCUGGAGGGCUUCCAGCUCGGGCUGCCGCCGCGCGAGCUCGCCAAGCUCGAGACGAGCGUCAUCUAUCUGGAGGUGCGCUCGAACGGCACCGCCGAGCCGGUGCUGCGGGCCCGCCUCCACACGCCGACGCGCGUCCCACCCCACUGUACCGGCGGGCUGGACAACGAGGUGCAGCAGGACCCGUUCGCCGCGAACGAUGUGCCGACGGUGGCCGCCAACGAGAAGUGCUUCCACUCCGGCCGGUUCUACGACGAGGGCGAAACGUGGCGCAGCGCGGUCGAGGCGUGCACCAUGUGCUCCUGCGACCACCAGCAGUACAAGUGCGAGAAGAUGAAGUGUCCCCCGCUGCGCUGCCGCAAGGAGGACAUCGUGCAGAAGAAGGGCGAAUGCUGCCCGUCCUGUGCCGCUCCGAAAGUGUCGGCCGCACCGGCCCCUCCAGCGGUGGCGCCGCCGCCGGCCCCGGCCAGCAGCAACGGGCGGGGCUGCAGCCUCGGCGACGAGUUCCACGAGGCCGGCACGACCUGGCACCCGUACCUGCACCCGAGCGGCUACGAAACCUGCACCAUCUGCACGUGCGAGCUGUUCACGCUGCAGGUGAAGUGUGCGCGGGCCCAGUGUCCGCCGCUGCCGUGCAGCGACAAGGUCGCCUACCGGCCGGACAAGAAGGCGUGCUGCAAGGUGUGCCCGCAGGUGAAGGAACCGAAGGUGUCGAAGCGGACGCACGGCGCACGGCCGGACGUGCAGUACGAUGAGGCGGGCGGCUCGGCCGGCACGCUCCGGUCGCCGCAGGCGAUACUGGCGGCCGGCGGCUGCCGGUACGAGGAGAACAUCUACGAGAACGGGCAGGAGUACCAUCCGAUACUGGCGACGCACGGCGAGGAGAAGUGCAUCAAGUGCCGGUGCAAGGAUGGGCAGCUUAACUGUAGCCGCAAGCGGUGCAACCGCGCCAUGUGCAACCGGCAGAAUGCGAAGCAGCGUGCACUGCAGCAAUCGCAGCAGCAGCCCGCCGACGAGUGCUGCCAGUGCAGGCCCGCCCGCCACCACCGGAAACGGCAACAGCAGCAGCAGCAGCAGCAACAGCAGACAAGCGUCAAGAGUUGAAUACGAGGUGGCGUUGUGCAGCUGGCCGAGCGAAAGUAGUAGCAGCAGCAGCAGCAGCAGUGGCGUUUAGUAGCGACGCGGAGUGCCCGUGGGUUUCCCUGUGCCAUGUUUGAAGUGUGUUGCUCGCGGGGCUCCGCACCAUCCACACUUACCUGUUUGUUUUUUUUUUUAAUUACCACCAUCCUCUCCAAACCACCCCCCACGCCCCCUCGUCCUGUGCUCUCGCUCUAUCACAACGCCUCUCUCUCUCUCUGUCUCUGUGUGUCUCAGCGAUGUCUCAGAGCGACACCCGCGUGACACGUGUUUGCUGGCGUCAUAAUCGGAACCAUUUUGUAGUGUUCUGUGCGCCGGAGUAUUGUAUUCUUAUUUUUCGAGAAGCUCCGCCACUUUCAUCCCCUCCCUCCCCCCCCCUCUCCCCUCUCCCUUCAUUUCCCAUUGCGCUUUUGCAUUCAGCUUUAGUAAUGCUCCGUUACGCGUGUAACGCCCGCCAAAAACAAAAAAACAAACGUAACACCGCCCGAACGCAUUCUUUGCUCGGUUGGGCAAGGUUUAGUGCAGUGUGCGCCAUCUUGGUGCGCACGUUAUUAAUAAUUGGACCCUUUUUCGAUUAAGAAGAAGAAGAAGAAAACAAAGAUACACAUUCACAAUAGUGUAUGGAGCGUGUGCCGCGCUUCCCCUUCAAGAUCGUAUUAGGGCGAGCGAGCGAGCGAGAGAGAGAGGGAGAGAGAAAGAAUGAGAGAGUGAGAGCAAGGAUCUAUUUAUAUGUACUUUAAAAAGGAAAAAAACCCACACAUACAUAAUACACAUUCAACACAUAAACACACACACACACACAUUUUACAUUUUAACCAUGUAAGGAUAAGGAAUGCAACACGCAUAAUAAUUUUAAUAUCAAAUCGUAUAUCUUAACGUAUCUUGUAGUGAACGUGCACCCGCAACCCACCCACCCACUCACACACACACACAUACAUGCACACGCUUUACGUGUGUCGGUGGCGUGUGUGUCCGGCAUGGGCAUGGGGUACAGGGUAAGCCGAUGAGUGACCUUUUUGAAACGAUAUACCACACACAAACUGAAAAGAACAACAACAACAAAAACCCACAGUAACACACAUACAGCAGCAAGUCCCCCCCCCCCUUAAACCCCCUGUCUGUAUGGAUAUAUAUUCAUAUAUACCUUUUUUAUAUAAAUAUAUAUACAUUUAUAUACCUUGUACAUGUAGGCAAACGUAGGUUAACGGAAUCAUGAUGUACUAACUAGCGCUUAGUACACUACCGAUGUAAGGACACGUAUUUAUUUUUGCAAAACAAAAAACACACACACACACACAUAUACAUACAUGCUCACACACAUACAUACACCCUCACAGAUACGGCAAUUGAACAGGACCGUCUGCGCGAAAAGAAAAUAGGAAAAAACAGAGGAAGAGAGAGAGAGAGAGAGAAAGAGAGAAAGAGAGAGAGAGAGAGAGAGAGAGAGAGAGAGAGAGAGAGAGAGAGAGAGAGAAGGGAUGGAGCGGCGUGUGGAGCGUCGCGUUCUGUGUUGCGCCACUCCACGUACCAAAGCGAUUUAAGGCGGGCAAAUUAGUAGAUCUAGCGAUAGGUUGGGUGCAAGAGAAAGAAAGAGAUAAAGAGAGAGAGAGAAAAAAAAGAGAGCUAGAAAUGAAUCGCGCUCGCGAUGGAAUGGAAUCUUUUCCCAAGGUUGGGUGGGGAGUGCGAAAAGCGAACUUCUUCCCCCCGGAGCAAGCCGGCCCGAUGGGCCCCAAACCAGGAACGACAAACCCGAGAGCUUUUGGUUUUUGGCGUUUUGGCGUUUGUCUGUUGCAUUGCUUUUUUGUUUUGUUUUUGUCGCUUUUGCAAACUACUGAGCGUGUGGCUUGGGAAUAUCAAAACAGGGGAAAAAAAUGGAGGGAAAAAGGUGGCAAAAGGGUGGAAGAGGGGGUUGGGAGGAGACCGGGGGAAACUGCCGGAAAACAGGCUCCCCAGGAACAGGAAAGGAACGCAUUUAAUUUAACCGGUUUAUAGUAGCUUUGUUCGGUGUGUCAGUAUAGGUAAGCGGAAGCGGGCGGAAAGCAGAAAAGCAGGGAAAACGACAGAAGUAAACGAACAGAAAAGGAAGAAGACGAAAAAUAUGAUAAUGAAGAAGAAGAAAAAACGAAAAUGAGAAGAAGAAGAAAAGUAGAAAAAACGAAAACAGAAAAGGAAGCAAACUAAACAAACAAACGAAAGCGCGAAUAGAAAAGGAAGAAUAGGAAGAAUAAAAGGAAGCAAAAAAAAAACAAACAAACAAAAACAAACAAAAACACGCCACCCAUAUUACAUCUUUUUGUCUUUCUUCCGAUGUUGCCCCGGUUUUUUCUCUCCUUCUUUUCUCGGAAAACUCACGGGGCUGAAAGGGCUGGUAGAGCAACUAAGACGUACACUAAGGCCUUUGAGCGCCAUCUAUACGAUUGUGUCUCUGCUUUAAUGCACCGAGCAUCGUCACCCCUGGGGUGGUGUUUUACUGCACUCUUUCGGUGUUUAUUUACUGGUACAAAAAAAGCGAAAAUAGAGAGAGAGAGAGAGACACGAUAAAAAAAUAAAAACAAAAAGGAAAGGGAAGGAGAGGAAAGGCCAAACCUCCGCUCCCUCCUCCCACCCCUUAAAAUCCCAAAAGUCCUAGUAACAAUCCUCGCGCGGAAUGCUGGUCAUAACAGUCAUAUAGUUUUUUUUUGGUUGCUUAAAGCGUAACUAUUUCGCCAUCGUUCCACCAUUUUUUUUUUUUGUUUUAAUUUGUCGAAUCGUUUUUCGCACACCAUGGGGUGGUGUGUGGAUCGCAAAAUUAUUGUAUCAAAAUUAUACAUUACCUUAGUAGUACUUAACAGCAGCAGCAGUAACGUUAUCGAAUGCCAAAAAACAAAGUCAUGAGGGAAGGAAAAAAGGAUGCUUAGGUGUACGGAAGUAAAACAAAAUGCUAAGUAAGAACUUUUUUUAAACGUUUAGGCCUUUCACUUUAAUCGCACUUUUGGUUUCGAGUAAAAGUAGUACUAAGAGAAAAAAUACAAAAGGAAUGGUACGUUUCAAAUCAAUCAAACAAAAACAACACACACAAAAAGAAAAACAGAGAACGUUAUACAAAAUGAUUUCUGCGAAACGAAUACUAGGAGAAUACUUAGAAAGCAAGAAAUGGACAGAGAGAGAGAGAGAGAGAAAGAGAGUGGGAGUGAGAAAGAAAGGAGAAUGAAUAGUAGAGGAAGACAAUACAAAGCAUAGGGCGACAAAACGGCAAAGAAAGAGAAAGAAAAUAAGAAGCAAAAAGUCGAUGCCUCGAUCUCUAGUCAAGCGUCGCACACACGUUGCACGCUCGGGAGGCGAUGUCACGAGCACACUAACUGACUGACUACUGAGCCCCGGUACAAAGUGGGUUUUUUGCUUUACUGAGCGGCAGUGGUGACAGCUGCGAACUGUCACUUUUGGUGUUUGGACGGUCACAAAGCAGCCGUCACAAAUUCAAAUCAAAACACACAUACAGUGGAGACAAAUCGAAUGGAAUUCACACAAUACAAACAGACAAUAAGUACAUUAAAUCACACUUACAUACACUCACACUCGUACACACACACACACACACACACUCACAUACUUUAGGAGGUAAAGCAGAUAGGGAAGAGAGGCAAGCGUUGUGCGCUGCAAGGUUGUUGCGCAGCCAGUCUUAACAAGUCUUACAACAAACAAACAAACAAACAAACAAACCAGCCGCUAAAUACUAAUGACGGUGAUCGAUACCAUAUACACCUAUAUAUACAUUAUAUAUAUAUCUAGAGAUGUAAAACGCAAAAAACUACGGUUACUAUGUCUAAAAUGUAGUAUUUUAAGUAUUACUACCCGCAUACACAUAUACAUAUAUAUAUAUAGAAGCAGAGAUUGCUGUGUACGCGCGCGCCCGACGCCGUACGACUGAUAAGCAUAAUUGCAGCUUUUUUGUUGUUGUUUUUGUUUCCUUCUCCAUCUCCUUCCCUUUUCCUUUCCUGCUCUAACACGGCGUGCCCGGAGUCCGAAUGUCGCAAGCUAGGUUGUAGGUGUUUCCGUUUUGUUUUGUUUGUUCGUCUCGUUUGGUUUUCGUGUAUGCUUCGACUGGGAGCAACGUCACCCUGUGUCACGCUUCGCGUCGUGUCAAGAAGCUGAUCGUGUGUUUCGCGCUGUUUGUAUGUGCAAGAACCCCUUCUGAGGAUGGAGCGUAGAAGAGUCAGGGUACCCAGUGGCAAACUCUAAGCUCAGUAAAUGAAACUCCCACGGCUUCAUGUUUGCUGGACUGCGUUACGGCAGGCAAACUAGGAAAAGCAAAACCUCCCUAACUUAAAAAAAACGAUGGUCAGUGCACACUACAAAAUGGUAGCGAUGGGUAAUUGGCAGCCAAGAAUACAAAAAAAAUAGAUAAUGAAAACACACACACACACAACAACUCUUCCCGUUUUGGUUACCACUUACCAAAGAAGACUGAAUAUUUUAACAGUAUACAGAAGCGAAAGAGCGAAAAAUAAUAAGCAAAACCAAACAGGCACAAACAGAAAGCAAAACAAAAACAGGAUGGUGGGAGGGGAGCGGGUGGGGGGGAAAUGCCCAACACUCCAGCUAGCGCGCUAACCCGUGCGCAUCUUCACGACUUGGCGGUUGUAAUCCAGCUUAGUAGCUUUGGUAGUAAGCAGUCGGUAGUGAUGGUCAUAGUAGAGCGAUUGGGUGAAGCAACCCAUCCCUAAUGUUAGUUUUCUUUAAUUAUUGUUUUCUUUUUACUAAACUGUCUGUAUUUAAAAUGUAAACCGAGAGCUUUAGCCGCACUGGGUGGCUGGACAUUCUGUCGAAAACUUAGUGGUAGGUUGCAGGGAUCGAACCGAUUUGUUUGUACAAAAAGGUGUAGAGAAUAUGUUAGAGGCGAGAGAGAGAGAGAGAGAAGCAGACGGAGAGAGAGAAAGAGAGCGAGAGAGGGAGGAGACUCAAUGCAAACAUGGGAUGGAAGUUAGAUAGUUAGAAGAAGUCGGUUUUUUAAACUCUUACGCACAUCAAACGUGUACUACGUGUAGGUCAAGACGGCAAGCUGAGGGCUAGUGGGCGUUGGAAAACGCAAGUACAAGACGGAGAAGAAAGCUUGGUGGAACAAAAUUGGACAGUAUUCAUUUUGAAAACCCCAAGAAACGGAAAAACAAACAUAGAAACCAACGCCGCAACGUAGCGUAACUAAAGAUUGUUCGAAAUAUCUCUUUUUUUAACCGCAAAAUCCUCCGUUCCUCCCAGUGCACACCGGGAACCGCUAUUGCUUAGGAAGGGCGUAUUAGAUGCGUAACCUAAUUGCGCAGAAAAGCGUUGCCAGAAUAACAAAUAAACAAAUAGAAAUCGCAAGCGAAAACAGUUUCGAAAUUCGGAACGGUCUCUGCCAGGUGUGGCACUGAGCAAACGCGCAUUAUUAUUAAUGAAAUAAAACCAACCAACUAAGAGCUACAAACACUUAACGAAAA